UUUCAUCUAGUAUCGAGUCAUUCAUUCACUGAUGCUCAGUAUUGAGUCGAUUUACAAAUUUGCAAAAUAAUUAUUAAUAAGGUAAGUUCUAACAUUGUUGAUUGCAUUUUGUGGCAACCUAAUAUUUACAGGAUCUGUCGUCACAGUAUCUACAUGAACCAUGUUAAUAGCAUUUUCCUGUUCAGGACUAAUAGAGGACAUGGCUUCAUUUCUGAGACCCAUAGCUAGUCAUGGAUAUCUUCUUUUCCAAACUCCACAGCUUCUCUCUAUAAUAUUGCGACUACGAAUGAUAGAUUCAUUGUAUAAUUCUUCAGCAGGAGUUGUAGUUGUAUUUAAUGGUGUCAUCAAAUGGCGUUUAAUAGGAUAACCUUUGACCUGAUUCAAAUUGUCUGCAGAGCUGAGAAUUUCCGAGAAUGUAUGAAUCUGCGUCAGAAACAGUUCGGUGAAAAAAACUGCUUUCGAUUUCUGAAGAGCUCUGCAUGGCUUCCUCCGGGAGAAACAAUUUUUAUAUGCGUGCAGUCAAUUGCACUUAUGCAUCGAGGAAACCUAGCUAUGUUAUUUGUAAAAGGAUUGCUUUGCCCUGGCAAGAGCCUGAAGUGUCCGGCAUUUUUAUGUAAUUACUUCUUUUACUCGUUAGUACUUUUAAGAAUCUUCGGACUGUUUUGGAUGCAGUUGAUUUGGAAACCCCAGCCAAAUGUCCAGCAACAGUUAAAAAACUUCCAUGGCCAACAGCUGAUUUUGGGGCGUUAAGCAGUUAUUCCU